AUAUUUCCAACAAAUGUCAGUAGAUGGUUCAGAUGUAUCAUCAGGAACCUCAUCAUCAAACCCAUCCCCUCUUCAUCCACAACAGAAAGCAGCUUCUGUGAUACCCAAAACUAAUGUGGCCCUGACAAAGAAUCCUGGCAUCAAAAUAAACCUAAUGAUUGAUUCAAUUUCUAAUGCAUCUGUUGAUGUCAUCAUUAACAGCACCAAUAAACACCUCCAGCUUAACAUUGGUGCUAUCUCCAAAUAUAUUCUCCUUGCUGCUGGUCCAGAGAUACAAGUUGAAUGUAACCAGAAAUAUCCUCAAGGUAUUUCUACAUUUGAAAUAGUCAUUACUAAAGGAUAUAACCUCAACUGUAAGAAUGUAUUUCAUCUGGUAUUACCUCCCUGGGAUGAAAAUUCAUCUGAUUCAAUUUUGGCAAACAUGACUCAAAUAAUAACGACUUGUCUGGAAACUGCUGAGAGAAUGGGAGCAAAAAGCCUUGCAUUUCCUAUAUUAGGAGCUGGAACAUUGAAGUACCCCAUUGAAAAUCUACCCAGAACAAUGUCUGAAGCAGUGAAAAACUACUCAAACCAAAAUUCAAGCCAGAUCAAAGAUGUUUACUUCAUGGUUUAUCCUCAAGACACAGAAAUAGUAAAGAAAUUUGAUGAAUAUUUCCAAGGAAACACAACAGGUAGUUCAGCUGCAUCAUCAGAUGAUGAAGAUGAAGAAAUAGAAGAUAAUGUCUUUGCUGGUCAAAAAGAUGUUGGUGUCACAUUGAAAUUCUUAGCUAAAUACAAAAUCUUGACAAUGCUAUAGAAACUGUUAAAAAGG